CGCGAUAACGCUGACGUUGAUGUGCUAUGCGACGCGAGGCGUCUUGUCGACUUACCGGAAAGAUUUAUUUAUACGCUGAUUACAGAAAGACUGCAGUCACAAUUCUCUAAAGAAGAACGGCGUGACGAUGCAAAUGUUUUAAUGAGACAAGUGCCGUUUCCUCGACGUAUGUAAUUAGUAUAAGAGAGGGCGAAAAAAAAGAGUAAGAGGACAUAUGCAGACUUUUUGACGCUGUAUCGCGUUUCCGUCGUUUAGUCUUUGGAAGUAUAGUGGAAUCAUGGAAAUAGUAUCGACCGAGACUGCGGAGGAGAGUGGCGAAAAGAUCCAAGUCAAUCCUCCGGUACAGAUAGUGCGGGUUCCAGUGAAACAUGCCAAUUUGGGAAUACGAAGUCAUGCCAUGGAUAUGAGUACGAUGGUAGAACUCACAUCAUUUAGCACGUUGGGAAAGAUACAGCCCUUUCUGGUGACCAUCACUACUACUGCAGCUCUGUUAGUAGACCUGCACUGUCACCUAACAGACAAGGAAGUCUGUGGAUAUUUGGGUGGACACUGGGAUAUUAAUUCACAUAAUCUUUCUAUAACAUGUGCAUUUCCAUGCCGGUAUUCUGGCAAAGACAAGUCAGCUGCAGCUGCUGUGGAAGCUGAAAUUGCUAGAGCCAUGGAAUGGAAACGCGUUACAUUGGUAGGCUGGUAUCAUUCACAUCCACGAUCUCACGCAUCACCUUCCUUGAGAGAUGUAGAUUCCCAAUUAGAUUAUCAAAUCAAGAUGAAAGGACCUAGUGAUAAUGGAUAUAUACCAUGUGUAGGACUGAUAUGCUCACCUUACAACAUGGAUGGCAACUGUUACGAGUCAAAUUUUAAUGUUUUCUGGUCUCUGCCGCCACCCGAAAACAGACCUCAUGAGUAUCCUCGACCUAUGCUUCUUAGUUAUACUUUAUCACAGGAGCAUUUUUUGUCUCAAGAUACAUUGGAGGAAAUUAGAAGAUGUAUAGAAUAUUAUAAGAGCGAGGGUGGCAUUGACUUUACUGCCAAUUUUAACGGUAAUACAACAUAUCUCGAACGAUUAAGGUGUUCUUUGGCGUCGAAAUUACCUGGUAGAAACAGAUCAAACGGAUCAUAUUGGGAUGUGAUUAGAGAGAUGAUCUGUCCAGGUUCCGAGGACGGUAGUGCACCCGAAUUUCUGGCCAUGAAAUUCCCUUUGGUACCUGCCUCGGAAUCGCUGGGACCACCAGUUCCGCCUGGCGUGAGUCUCACAGCUGGUAACGCCGCUGUUUUUCUCACGCCAGUCAACUUUAAACCUGAUGGCGGUGCCAUAAUUACUCCCACAUCUAAGCCGUUCGUAUUACAACCAUCGACUUCCCGGGACAAUAUCAAGAAAGAUAGCAGCAUAGGGUCUAACGACACCGCGUCUAUCACUCAGAUUAAAGACGGCAGUCCUAUCGUAGGCUCCAAACAUAUAUCGCCAUCGGAGAUAAUACCGAGUUUCCAAUCGGGCGAACUUACGGUAUCGGUGAAGAAUGCGAAGUGCGAUUAUGAUUUCUCGCCCGCGGAUUUCUCGAAGUUAUCGAACCCACUGAUCGGCGACGGCAGCAAGACACGAACGUCUACGAAUCCCGAUUUCCCGCUAGCGGAUAUCACUCAACAAAUCACAAAGUUCUCGGAUCUGACGAAGCUGGCAAAUUUUCCCACCACCGAUUUGGCAAAACUGUCGAGCUUCUCAAUCGCGGACUUCACGCGGACUACCUCGCCCUCACCGUCCACGUAUAUGCGCAACAUCGCAAAUCUGUUCGGUCCCCUCGGUAAGAUCUCACCAGCGAAGGAUAUGGACGGUAACGAACGCAAGCCAAGCGAUUUCGUCAGUGUCGAUGCGAUUCCUUCGCCCUUCAAGACUGCCGUCAGCUCAUCGGAGGCCUGCAGAAACUUCUCGGUGGGCGUCGAGGAUUAUAACGAUCGAAAGAAAUUGGACGUGCAAACUGACUCCACGAAGAUCGGCAGGCCGGAUUAUCAGGGAACGGAGGAUCUAACAAUAUCAAGCGUUAAAUCUGAUUUUGGGAGCAUGCUGGACAUGACAUCAUUGCAUAAAAAGCAACAAUCGUCACAAUCGGCUGAUAUAGGAGAUUCCUUAAAUCUUUCUAAAGAUCGAUAAAUCUGUAAAGUGUAUGUUCAAAAUAUCAUUAAUUAAAAAAUCGCGCUAAAACUUGUCGAAAUUUGCUAAUAUUCGAGAUUAUUAAUUUCCGAAUAGUAUCGGAAAUUUUGUGUGCAUUCUCAUUUAUAUUAUUAAUUGCUUUAAGAAAAAAGUAUCAAUAUUUAUCAGAUGCGUUUAGAAUAUUCAUACAUUGUGCGUGUUGUUAUUUUAAAUCAUUAAAUCUUAAAUUAGUUUAGGAAAAUUUUAUUGAAUCAGUAUUCUUUUAAUAUAUAGAAAUGUGCAAGAAUUACAUUACUUAAAGAAUGAAUAAGACUUGUUAAAAACUUGAGAUCUCUACGAUUCAUUUAAUGCUCAAAUUUAUUUUCUGCAUUUUAUACUGUGGUACAUAAAAAUAAGUUGUGGAUAAUU